AAUGCCAUAUUGCUAUCCAUACGAAGCGUCAACGCAACUAUCGUUCAUAGAUUUUUAAUAAUGGUGAAAUAAGUAUGACUGUUGUUUGCUAAAUAAUAAUGAAUAAUAUAUGGGCGACGGCAGUACUCUGUUUAAGUUUGAUAGUGUCAGUGGGUGCGGACUUUGGUGACAGUGAAGAACAAUGCAGGAUCCCACACUGCAUAGGCCAAGAAUACCAAUGCAUAGGCGAUAGAUGCUACUGCUCUGUUGGUUAUAUACCCAACCCAUCGCAAACUGCCUGCCACAAAUGUCCAGGAUACAUGGAAAAAUGUUUCGGGCCAUGUUGUAACCCACACGGCAAUGGCAGCCUGCAGUGUUUUCAGGGGGUGUGUCAGCGGUGCUACGACCCUCUUGGGAAUUGGAUUUGCAGGGAUUCCUUGGAUCAAAUACUGCUAAUAUCCAUAACCCGGGUGGUUAUGGCUACGGCGCUGGUGCUGGGGAUUGUGGCAACAUUCGUUCUUCUGUAUAAGCUUUGUGCUGCGACAAACUUGAGGCCAUCCAACAGUAGAAGUCGCCUAUCCGUCGGAAGCCUCCAAGUAUAUGUAGAGGAAAGAUUAAGAGAUGCGCCACCCAGGUACUCACGAACAGCGCCUGGUGGUUCAGCGGUUUAUCCAGCAGUUGCAUUUUUGAACUCAGGAUUCAUACACGAUAGCAGUCUUCCUCCGCCGCCUUACAGUCCUGAAAGAAAAGAAGAAGAAACGCUACCGCCGAACCCUCAAAUGCAUAUAUAAUAUAAGGGAUAUACAUAAUAUAUACAUAGUUUAAUAAAAGGAAUAAAUCAGUUCAUA